AGAAUUCAUGCCUUAAUAAUCUUAGUUGACUGUUAACCAUGUUAAUCUCAAUUCAAAUUGUGUAAAAAAGCUAAGAAUUUGUUAGCCUCUUUAUUGGUAAUUAAAUAAUAUAAAUUUGAAAAAUUAUCAGUUUCAAAACGCACAUUUUUUACAUACAAGAGGCGAAAAUUCCGUUUCAUAGACAUGCAUAUUUAGGAGAACUUCAUACACCGGAUUUAUGUGGUUGAACUGUCAAUGCAAUUUUAUCAAACAUUUGUUACGUUAUCACCAUCCGCCAUCGUGUCCUAUCUGGUUAUGUAUUUUAAACUGUGCAAACGCGUCGAACCCGAGACGAGUAGAGGUUAUUCCACCAGCUUCCUGUAGAGUACAGGUAGUUUAACUUUCAACGACGACAUGUCCGGAUCGGCUAACCGUUGGACGACGGCGGUGGAGGUGUGGACGGUUUUGCUGGCGGCGCUCGCGUUCGCGGUGUACAAGUACUGCACUUACCGGUACGACUAUUGGAAAAAACGAGGCGUACCGCAUACCCGGCCGACACCGCUUCUGGGACACUUUUCCGGUCCCGUGCUCCGGCGUGCACCGCUGGCUUAUGUCGUCGACGACCUGUACCGGAAGUUCGCCGGUCACCCGUGCUUCGGUAUAUACCAGGCCCGGUGUCCGAUGCUGGUGGUGGCCGACACGCGACUGAUCAACGCGGUCAUGUGCAAGGACUUCGGGUCGUUUCACGACCGGCUGCCCAGCGACGUGUCGUUCAAGACCGACCCGCUGUUCAAAAACCUGUUGAACCUACGGGGCGCCCAAUGGAAAGCGGUCAGGUCCAAGCUGACCGCGAUUUUUUCCACCGCCAAGCUCAAGAACAUGUACGCCGACAUGGGCGUCUGCAUAGACGGGCUCGUCGACAAACUCCAACGACUGACGCCGGACGGCCAAGCCGUGAUCAACGUCAACGAGGUGGCGGCCAACUUUACCGUGGAUACCAUUGGCCGGUGCGCUUUUGGACUCGACUUCGGCGCUCUGUCCAAUCCGGAUUCGGAAUUUCGCCGUAUCGGCCGCAUCUCUUUGGAGAACAGCUCGAGAAAAACCAUACUGGAACUCAUCCGGCUGGCCGACUUGGGCUGGUUAAUCGACCUGUUCAGGUUGCGUGCCUUGCCGCCGGAAGUGUUCGACUUCUUCAUCAAUCGAUUCCGGGAACUAAUGGAAUUCCGCGAAAGCGACAAGGACGAGCGCAACGACUUCAUUUCGCUGUUGAUAAAACUCAGAAACGAAGAAAGAGCCAGCACUUCCGGCGAAGACGUCGUGUUCACGGACGAAGUGUUGGCGUCGAACGCUUUCGUUUUUUUCCUCGCCGGAUUCGAAACCACUUCGACCACGAUCGGCUACUGUUUGUACGAGUUGGCUCUGAACCCGGACGUGCAGACCCGGCUGAGGGAAGAGCUCCAACGGACGGCCGAGGCCAAUGACGGGAAAUUUCCGUACGAUUCGUUGAAGGCCAUGACCUAUUUGGAUCAAGUAUUAAACGAGUCCUUGCGAGUGCAUCCGACGGUGCCCGCGGUCGCUCGGACGUGCAACAAGACCUACACAGUGCCCGGCACCGACAUUACCAUAGACCCGGGGGUCAAGGUGUUGAUACCCAUUUAUUCUCUACACCACGACAGCAAGUACUACGAAAAUCCCGACCAAUUCGAUCCAGAACGGUUUGCCGAAGAUAAGAGAGCGUCGAGGCCGCCCGGAUGUUUCUUGCCGUUCGGAGACGGCCCCCGAAUUUGCAUAGGUAUGCGGUUCGGUCUGAUGGAAGCUAAAGCGGGACUGGCGGAGAUACUGUCGAAAUUCGAAGUGCAUCCCUGUGAACGCACUCCCAAGACUGUAGAACUAUUACCAGGGUCUAUACUUCUAACGCCAAAGAAUCCAAUUUUCUUAUCGUUUAAAAGAGUACAAACAAAGUAACAACGUGUUGAAUCAUCGUUGGAACAACUGAAUGUGCCAGCUACUGGAAUAUAUAUUAUAACUCAUAAACCGAAAUCUAUAGUAAAUAAUAAUAACUAGUUUAAUAUACAUUUUUUUAAACACUU